AAAAAAAAGUCUUUUGUGCUUCCGGGUCGGAGCCACUUCCUUUCCUGUCGGCCAUCUGUCGUACACGAUCCUGUAGGCACUACAUCCGCCAAAUCCUGAAACAUGCAGAACGACGCUGGUGAAUUCGUGGACCUUUACGUCCCACGCAAAUGCUCUGCUAGCAACAGAAUCAUCGGAGCCAAGGACCAUGCCUCCAUCCAGAUCAACAUCGCUGAGGUCGACAAGGUGACCGGCCGCUUCAAUGGUCAGUUCAAGACCUACGCUAUCUGCGGCGCCAUCCGCAGGAUGGGUGAGGCAGACGACUCCCUGCUGAGGCUGGCAAAGAACGACACCAUCGUGUCAAAGAACUUCUAAGUGAGGAGUUGAAGCUGGAAACUUUGUAAAAUAAACAAAAUGGAAAAAAUG